CUGUACACACCGGCAACAUGAAACCAAAACGUUUGCGCCUGGCAUUGGCAUAGGUUAGGGCUGAGGGCCAAAAUGCCUUCUAUGACCUGCUCUACACUCAUCAUCCUCUUGCUCCUGCUGUUUUGGGACGUGUGGAGCUACGAGGCUCCUGAAGAUAAGCAGGAUGAGUUUGCAAGGAGACCCUGCCCUGCCUUUCUGACCUUUACCAAUGCUGCCUACCUAGCUGGAGUCACUGUGGAGUUGCCCUGCCACUGCAAACCACAGCAGGUCCAAUCAGUUGUGUGGUUCUACAGGACACAUGCGGGCAGCUCUGAGGAGACCAGAGCCCUGACUGAUCACCAUGGCAACAAGCUCCUGGACACUGGUCAGGUCCCUCACAGUAACGACCUGAGGAGUCGAUUCGCCAUCCGUCUCUUUAGUCUGUUGAUCUUCAGAGCACAGCAUGAUGACUCUGGUCUCUACAUCUGUGGCUCUGCCAACAAAGAUUACUUCUUUGGUUACGACGUGGACAUCCAGAAGGCACACAGCAUCAGCUUCCCUCUGAUGCUCACUCCAGAAAGAAAAAGCCAGCAACAGAAACAGACAAAGGACCCCAAAUCUGUUCAGCCGCUGUAUCGGGUCUUCACCCAUUACCGGCCGUGGUCAGUGUGCGAUCGCUGCGGUGUUCCAGGUGAACAGGUACGUGUGGGACUCUGCUACAUCCACUCCAAAUAUCUCCAUAUACGCUACAGACGGGCCAAUGAGACAGUCUCCUCAUGUGGAUCCGGAGCAGUGCCCAAAGCUUUUGUCAGUCUCAAGCAAAACAGAGUACAGGCCAAGUUGGAAGUCCAAAGCUGUCAGGUGACCUGCCCAUCUCAACCUCCUCCCUCCUCCAAAGUCCUUGCUCUGAUGUCAUUUCUUGGACACAGUUCUGCCUCCAUGCCAGCGGAGGUGCCAGUGUUCUUCCAUAGCCACCCAGCAGACCGCGUCCUGACCCUGGGUUGCCCCGGAGCGCGACCAAACAUGGCCGUGGCCUGGGAUCGAGGGUCAGAACCUAUUUACCGAUCGGAUCAUUUGGCAGGAAACAAGCCUGCAGCCCAACCUUCAAGGCUGCUGAUAGACACCGGACAUAACCUUGUUUUUCAACCUGCAAAAACAAGGGACUCAGGCGCCUACUACUGCUGGCUACAGGGUCGCCGGGCCGCUCGGAUAAAUCUUCUCGUCCACAUCAGUUUGGGACAGAGCAAAUUGAUAAUGUCACACCCUGACUUCCCAGCAGCUACAAAGACUCUAUUUAUAUCAUAUGCUGCCAUGACGGCUGUGUUUUGCCUGCUGUUGUUUGGCAGAACUGUAGUCAGAUACCUGCUGGACACAAAAAACAAGGCUUAAACUUGUGGAAACGUAUGGGAGUUGAGUUGAGCAGUGAUUCUCAAUUCAUUUAAUGAAGAUGUCAUGUUGGAGUUGCACUGGUUUGUGUUUGUGCCAGAAGUAUUUUCAUAUGGAAAUGUAAAGCAAAUCAUUUACAGUAUAUACAAUAUAAUAAACUGUAAAACCUGUGCAUCUAAGCAAGAAAUACAAUUUGUCAUUAAAUGAUCAUAUAAUAACAACAGUUCAUACAAAGUUUGAGAAGCAACAAAGCCUGAUACAAAAAGUGUCCUGUGAGUCCAAUUGGCUUUGGUUCAUAGGCUUAAAAUAUAAGAAGUGUCAUGUCUGCGUCAGUUAGUUUAGUUUAUGUGUACUCCUGGUUUUAUUUUGGUGAAGGGUUUUUCUGUCUUCCUGUCUGCGCUUCAUCUGUCUCGCCUGGUCUCGUUGAUUCCCUGAUUGUCUGCACCCGGUGUUAAUCAGUUCAUGCUCCUUUAAAUACGCCUCUCCUCCCUGCACCUUUUGGCUUUCCACGACGUUUGCUUCUUGCUUUCUUCGACCCUUCUUGUUCCCUGUGCCUGGCUCACUCUCGUCUGACUGUUCCCUGUGUUUUGGAAUUAUUACCUGAGCUAGAGUAAGACUUUGCUUUGUUUUAAAUAAACUCUUUUGGUUUGAACAGAGA